AUGCUUGCUGUUGCGCUGCAGCACCUUCGCUGCGAGCUCGACAACGUUCCACCGCAUGUUGGCGUCGCUAACAUUGUUGCUGUUGACGUUGUAGGGGUCUUCUCGGGCGGCCUGCUGCAGCACCUCCUCCACGGCGGCGAAGAUGCGCUCCAUGUACUGCUCCCCCCGCGGGGACAACGCAAUGGCCGCCUGCAGCCGUAUCAGGCCGUCGACGUGGGCGUCCUCCAGAAGCCGUACAAGUUUGUUUGUGACGAGGGCGAGCAGAGUGGCGUCGGGUUCGAUUUCAAAGAAGUUCAGCAGCUGCGACAACGCCAGCGCGUUGGUGCCCUGCUCCAUCCACACAUGCGUCGCACUCCGCGGGACCUCCGCCUCGAGGAACCGCUCCGCCUCACGCCGGGCGAAUUCGUACUGUCCGCGGCCUCGCAGCCGGCGCUUCAGGGCGGAGGCCUUGCUGACGAACUCCGUGGCCGCCAUGAACGCACCCCCCGCGUUGGCGCCGCCGCCGCCGUUGCUCUUAUUAUUACAGAAACUACCACUACUACUGCUGCCGCUGUUGCUGCCGUCGCCCCAACCGAAACCUAA